UGCUGGAAUGUACGUUAUAUAUAUAUAUAUAUAAGAAAUACCUGUAGUGCGGAAUGUCUUGUGGUAUGUGAACACUAAUACACUUCAGUUCCCGCGUUAAUUAGAAAGGUUUAAUAAAGGAUCCUGACGGAAGUAAUUCGAAGUUUCUUUUGUUAAAGUUUGUUAAUUUUCACAUUAAAUUAUUUUAUAAUACAGCUGCUGUAUGAACCGUAUGGGUUUAGCGUUUAGUUUUGAUUAUAAUAUAAGGCAGAUGUAAAUAUGUGAGCUUGUUUAUUGUACCUGAAUAAGCUGUAUAGCCCUUGUGGCUUAGCGCUUCUUUUUGAUUAUAAUAAUAAUAAUAAUCUGUACCUGAAUAAACAUUUAUUUGCUGUUUAGGUUUUCUGUGGCUGUGCUUAAAGUAAUAUUAAUAUAUGGCUAACUGUUGAAGGCUCUUGAUCCGAGGAAUUAGAGCAGCCUUCCCUCCCUUCCCCACAUCAAGCCAAAUUUCACCCCAUUCCCCACAUCCUGUAUGACCUCAUGAAUAUAAUUAUAUGUGGUCAGUAGCGAUGAAUGACUUCCAUUAUAAAGUAGUAGUAUCUUUUAUUAAUGUGAUAAUUGUAUGAAUUUUAUACAUUGCUAAUUAUAGUAUCACAUGUUAGCAGUAACACAGCCUUACCUAACUAACCUAUCUUUUUCAAAUCAAUAUUAUUAACUUUAAACUAAACUCAGAGGCAAAAGCCCUGUAUUCUUGUUUAUUAUUUAGAUUGAUGGAUAUUUCUGAUAAUAAAGAAAUGUUUUUCUUUGUCUAUUCUGAUAAUAAACUGUUUUAAAAUGUCAAAUAUUAAUUGGAUUGUGCAAAGAGAUACAUAGUGUUUUGUUGUGCAAAUGGGAAAAAAUGAAAGAUAAACCAGCAUAACUUAAAAUAACCUAACGCUAUCUAACCUAACAAAACCUGGUGUAGCCGUAUCGGUAGAUAUGUAAAUGUCAUAUAUUACGUUUGUUGUGACAUCUCAGCGCACCCAGUGAUUGAUGUCUACUCAACCAGCACUCUGGGUUGGCUCUUCCCUGCUGCAUUCUAUCUAGAAUAAAGAAAAUAUGGAGGAAAACAAAGAUGACCAAGAUGGUUUACCAGAAAUCUAUCUCAGCCUAUCCCAUGGUCCUAAGGGCGAAAGAGACAGCACUCGUGCUUCUAGUGACACUGACCAGAAUGCUGGGAAUGACACAGAUAGUGAUGUGUGGACUGCUUUAUUGCCUGAGGUGACAACUACUGGAUACUUUGAGUUGAGUCAAGAAAUUAGCAUGGCACAGCAGGAGCAAUAUUCCUUUUCUCUUGGUGUGAGAGAGGAGAUUGAAGGGGUGUCUUCUCAGGAUUCUUCAGCAGCAGGAAAUAUUUUAGCAAAUAGAACUCCAGUUUUGUAUGGAGGCAUAUUAAAUGCAAAUCAGUCAGAGAGAAAUGAAGAUGCAAGUUGUAGUAUAUCCCAGCCUGGUGAAACUGAAGGAAAAAAUAUUGUUGCUCAUAGAAGAGAAGUUGUUGAAGGGUCAGGUCAAAGGGGCGAGACACCUGGCUCAGACUGCCCUCCUGUGGCAGGGGUUGGAGCAUUUUCAAGGGUAUUCAUGCAACCAUUGAAGUUGGACACAAACUUUAAUGCUACUUCAAACAAUGAAUUAAUUUUUUCACCAGGUGGAGAUGAAGGGAUUAUGUUGCCAGGUGGAGUUCAUGCAUAUUAUGACAGUGGCUCUGAUACCGAGCCUUUGGAGUGGGGUACUGGUGGAGAGGAUGAAUCUGAAGCCCUUAGUCAAGUGCGUGAUGCUGUGGAAGGUGCAGAUAGUGGUACACCAUCAAUUCAAGCCUCUCUCGGCAAUAUAUCACCAAAUGAAUUGGAGGACAUGGAACGUAAUUCUCCAGCUGGGUUAAGUACACCAGAUACUGAUCUUGAUCUGAAUGUUGCAGCAACAAAUAAUUUAGAAAACCAAAAAUUAAAGAACAGUGUUAGGCCUCCAGUAGUGGGACAAAGUGAGGAGCUGUUGGUUCAGACUCUGCGUAAAGACUUAGGAUCAACUGAUGGUGAAGAAUCAGAAGAUGAAAGUCAGAAGAGAUUACCGUUAAAAUCUGCCAAAGAUGCAUUUUCAACUCCAGAUUUUCAACCAGGAUCCCUUGGUAGCCAAUCAGAAAAUACUGAUAGUGUAAACACUGUAUUAGAUAUGAGUCGGGGUGAAAUUCAAGGAUGUGAAACAGAUGAGACAUUAGACACUCCAUUGCUGUCACCUUCAAUAGUGACAGAGUCUUUAGCACAGUCAUGCCCCAAGCCAACAUUUGUGGUAGGUGGUCUUAUCAGUCCCCGGGUAAAGUUCCGACAAUUUCAAAACACCGUCAGAGAUAGAAUGCAAGAUAUGAAAGCUUCCCUUGAGCUGCAGCCAGGAAUAGACUCACAAGUUCAUGUUGACAGGGAUCAAUUUCUCAGUCAGCCACCACUUUAUCCACCAAAUACAUCCAUUAGUGAGCAAGAAAUAUCCUUGACAUCAAUGAUAUCUGUGGAUUCGACCAACCAUCCAGAUUCCUCAGAACGUGUAACUUCACCUUCAGCCUUAUCAGUUUCUAGUGCAGCAUCAAGCAGGAAAAUGGAGUGGGACUCUGGUGCUGAUGUUGGUUAUUCAGGAAACCUGACUGGAAAUACACAGGAACAUUUGGUAACUUCCUUGAGCACCCUUGAGAGAAUAGCUAUUGGAAAUUAUGCAUCUGUGUUGCGAACAGAACCUGAGGGAACUACUCAGGUUAAGGAAAAGCAAAAGGCCUCAAAAAAAAGUGCAAAGUCCAAUAGCACAAAGUUAGGAAAUAACUCAAAUGUGAGUCGACAGGUUCUUGUGGAAGGAGUCACUUUAUCUCCCUCUCGUUCGCUUCGGCUUCAACAGACCCGAGACAAAAUAAAUUUAUCUUCAAGUGAUGAGGACUUUGACAGCAAGUUAUCAAGCCCUGCACAAAGCCCAAGGCGGAGGUUACGAAGACGGUCACUAAUUACCAUUAGCAAAGACAUGGAGUCACCGUCGAGGAAGAUGAAUAAAGGCCAACAAGGGCCUAAUAGAAGGCUGGUGGAAGUUACCCAAGAGCUCCAUAAUGAAGGAAAAUCAAGCAGUCUUGUAGAACUUGCUUCAACAUCUGUGAAGGUUCCUGAGUAUAAAAGAAGCAGUAGUCAACAAUCUCUUUCCCUUCAAGGUAGGCCUGAAAGUAAUACUAAUGUAAAAUCAAACAUGAGUGCUGCAGAAGGCAGUGUGUCUUCAGUAACUACUGCAGUUUACCAGAAUAACAAGUUAGAGCCAUUUCUAGGAGCUUCAAGUAUUGUUAAUAUCACCACAAGCACCGGCUCCAUAAUUCAGAAUGUUUUGCCUAUCCCCCAGGUAGGUGUUUCUACAAGCACACAGCAGUAUGCCAAAGAAAAGAAAGAUGAUUUUAAAUCUGUAAAUGAGGAUACUAAGAGUAGUCCUCAGUCUUCCUUGCAGUCAACUGAGAGUCAAACGAACAUACAUGGACGAACUGGGACAUCAAGCGGUAAUGAUUUCAGCUCAAAAUCUCAUGACAGCUCUGAUAUGGAAACACCUUCAGACAUGAAAGAUACUGAUGCCAACAGCUACACCUCUUACCAGUUAUCUGAUGUUGAACUUGUUAAUUUAAAGGCCAAAAAAAAUAGUGAAAAUGCAAAAAGUCACGAAAAUAUUGCUAAGAAAUGUAGAUCUAGAGUGAAAAGUACUGACCAUAAUAAUUGGAAAGACAGUAAUGACAGUAAUAGUUGGUCAAGUUCUUUACAGGUGGAAGGACAGAGAGGCUCACCACAAGAUUCUGAGUCUGUUUUGGAGAGUCAGGUAUCUCUACAGUCAUCAAAUAAUUAUCUACAUGCUCUUUCUGUCAAGCUUAAAGAACGGAUUCAUGUGCUUCUCGAUAAUGGGUCCCUAAAGAAGGUGCAAGACUAUAAUAAAUUACAGGAUUACAUUCAGUUUAUUGGAGUACCAUCAACCAAUGAGGAGGAAUGCCGGUUAAAGCAAGGUGUAGCAAAUGUCAUUGUGAGAAUGUUCGGUGAAAUUGGGCUGGACGACACUGAUACAUCAAACACAUUUACUAAUGAAGCAUCUGAGAUUCUGACAACUGAUUCUCAGACUAGUGACCAGAGGCCUCACACUACAAGUGAACACACAUCUGUCGGCCAUGAAGAUACAGAUGUUCCUUCUUCCCAUGGGAUGUUGGAAGCAGAAGAUUUCCAUCAGUGUGGCAUUACAGCAGAUAAUGAGAUGCCAGUAACCACUAGAUCAGAACUCUGUGUUAACACAGGCAGCACAGUCACCAUUGUGCCAUACCGUCCUCUCUCAGCCACCCGCACCUACUUCAUGGCCGUCUCACAUGAGCGUGAUGAAGGACUGGUGGAGGGUGAACAGCACAUUCACACACCUGAGAGAGGUUCUCCAGCAGUGUUAACUCCUAACUCAGACCUUGAAGUGUCCCGUGGCCAGGCUGAGGGGCAGCUGCAACAUGAAGAGCUCUCAGUAUCACUUCCCUCUGCUCAUCAAGUUGUUCCAUGUCAGAAUAAUGACACCAUUGUUGAUUGCAACUCUGAAGAACCUGUGAGUCUAGCAGUGGUGAAUGACCCAUCUGUCAAGACAAGUGGUAUGUCCAAGAACCAGACAGAGGAGCCAGGAUCAGCCUCAGGUGCAGCAACCUUGCCUCAUGACUGGGGUUUUGAUCUCCGAGCAGGGAAAAUUCAAGGAACUUCCUCCAGAGGUGUCACCUCUGAUGAAUGUUCUCCUCGUCACACUGGACAUCGCUUAGCUUGGGAUCGGCGGUCAAGCUGGCAUGAGGAAGACCAGGGUCAAGGAUGUAGGGACUCUGUCAAUUGGUGGUCUUCCACAACACGAUCAGAGCGGUUAUAUAAAGAUAAACGAGGUACCCUUCAUGUGGCUAAGCAGCCUCCUGGAUACAUGGAUGACCAUGACAGUCAUCCCAGCGAGUCUACUUCAGACCAUGACCAUCACCACCCUGAAAACAAUGAUACAGAAUCUCAGGAAGAUACAAGGAGAGGUCCAGUACGGCCUUGGACCAGCUCAGGAUCAGAGAGUGCAUAUGAAACAAUUAGGGAACGGCACCGACAUGUGGAUGAGGCAUUGGCAUCAAGCUUUGAGUUUUACUCCACUUCUCCCCGCGAUGCUCGGCUGCUAGGAUACGUCUCUAGUGAUGCAGGAGAACAGGGUCAAGAGUAUGAGGAUCACUUGCAAAGAGAACCAUCCCCAGAGCUUCCACCACCACCAACCCCACCUCUUAGUGAAGGUUCCCAAGAGUCUCCUCAACCACCAAGCCCACCUUUGAGUGAGCAACCAGUUAGCAGUAGAUCAGCUCGCACCAAGAGACAUGCCUCACGCUGGCAACAGCAGCAGCUGACAGAUAGGCAGAACUCUUCCCCCUCCAGUCAUACAGAUGGAAAUGACGUCAGCAGCCAAGUUUCCUUCAUCCAUUUGCAGAAACAACGAUAUGUCCGAAAAAUACAACGUCACAUUCUCACCCUUGAAAAACUAGAGAGAGCUCUGCUUGAGCAGUUAGGAGACAGCAUAGGAUCAAGCAGCAGCUUCAGGAGACAUGUUACUGAAGGACACUCCCGCACAGAGUCAGACACAAAUGCAAAGUCUCAGAUACGAGAUAUUUUGGGCCAGUCGGGAACAACUGCUAGCAGCAUCAUAUCAAGUGACUUCAGUGAUGGGGCAGUGCAGAAAGAACCAUACCAACCCUGUCCGAGAGAAAGAGUUUCCAAGAAUGACUUGAUAGGAGUUAAGCCAGUGAGUCAAGAGAGUCCUUCUCAUUCUGCUGAGAGGAGUGAGAGCACUAAAUCAGUAACAGGGCACUCAACAUUUGAGAGAUCACACACAUCUUCAAGAAUGACAUUCAGUCAAUUAAGUUCAGAUUUGACUAGCUCCCGAGCCUCAACAAUGAAGUAUAUAGAGGAGGAGGUCAAAAAAUUGGUAUUAACUGAAGAGAGAUCACGACAAAUGAUGAAAAAUUCAAGAUUACAUUCACAGAAAACAAGAAGAGAAGAUUUGGAUUUCCAGGGUGCCAUCAGAAAAAUGCGUCGUAAGGAGCCCAGAGGAGAAGAUGACCCAGUGCAUUCUCAGCUUUCAAACAAAAGGAGGACUUCCGAUGAUAUUUUAGAUUACAAGUUAUAUGUGAAGAAUAGAAUAUUAAAAGAAUGUGUCAUGUUAGAUAGCAAGGUAACAGCUGGUAGCAAAGACUCCAGUAGACAGUUCACUCAACCUUGUGUAAUAUCAGAGGAAGAAUUUACUGACAGAGCAAUCUCUGAUAGUCAGAUAUCAAGACAAGGUGAUGGGCGUGAAGCAAGAGAUCAAAAUCAGGGAAUUAGAGUUUCACCCGUGAUAUAUAAGGAAGAUGCAACAAAUUCCACCCUGCUUUCUUCACCAGUAAGAGAGAGAAAUUCACAAAGUCAAAAUGAGCAUUUAAGAAAAAAGCUGUUAAGAGAUUUUGGUCAGAUGUUUCCAAGUAGAGAGAAUGUGCUGUUGAGUGAGUGUGAAAAUAGAUCUGAAAAUGUCAUUGGGCACAGUGUUGGAGUACAGACUAGUGAUUCACUGUUAUACCUGAGUAGAAGCUCAAGACAAUCAAAAGGAAGCAGCUCUUCACGACCUAGCUCUGGCACCACCUCUGAUAAAAGUGAGAGCUUGAACAAUGCUUCAUCUAGAGGUAAGAGAAUGUCUUCAAAAUCUGGAUCAGGAAAGGAUCAAAAUGAAAAAUGCUUCAGUGAUGAAAAACAAGUAUUAGAGAGUGUGUCACAAAGAGUUAAUAAAGUGAAGGCUGAUGAGCAAGCAAGCAGCAACCAAGACCAGUUUUGGGUAAUGGUGAGAGAAGGUGCUCAAGAAAUGAUAGAGCUAUAAUAUCAGAUAAUUAUCAGUUUGACAGGAAUGAUCAUGAUCGUAGCUCUUCCAGAUUAGACAGGGGAAAAAAGGGAAAACCUUGUAUCAAUAUGGAAAAUGAUGAAAAUGUAUUAGUCUAUGAACCAUUGACUGCAAGGGAAGAAACUGCAAGAGAU